AUGGCAGCAUAUCCCAUCUCGACUACAGCAAUUGUGAGCGAUGCCCCGAAGGAUGGUCACGUUCAAUGGCGCAAAGAGAAGGUUCAGAUCAGGGAGCCACUCGAGGAUGAAGUCCUCGUCCGGAUUGUCGCGUCUGGGAUAUGUCACACUGAUGUUGCCAUGUCCAUGGUGCCAGCAGAAACGCCAGGCUUCGCGCCUUACCCAAAAGUCAUGGGACAUGAAGGCGCGGGCAUUGUAGAAAGAACUGGCAGCGGUAUUACUCAUGUCAAGGCUGGGGACAAGGUGCUUCUGAGCUUCGACUUCUGCGGCGACAAUGGUUGCCGCGGCUGUCGAGACGAGACACCUGGGUAUUGCGGCCAAUUCGCCCCCAAGAAUCUGCUCAAUGUUCCUGAGAUUUAUCAGGUCGGAGAGGGGAAGACAUCUGGAGGCGGACUAUUCUUUGGCCAGUCGAGUUUCUCGCAUCUGGCGCUUGUCAAGGGAACGUCGACACUGAACGUGACUGGACUGGUGAAGGACGAGAAGGAACUUCAGCUGUUUAGUCCCAUGGGCUGCGGAUUUCAGACGGGUGCAGGCGCUAUCACUGAGCUGGCAGAUAUUGGCGAGCGUGACGAGGUUGCCAUUUUCGGAAUGGGUGGCGUUGGCUUAGCUGCAGUCAUGGCGGCGAAGAUCCGAGGCGCGAAAACCAUCAUUGCUGUUGAUAGGGUUGAGUCGCGGUUGCAACUUGCAAAGGAGCUGGGAGCGACGCAUGUAAUUGACACAUCGAACUUUCCAUCUUUGACUGUCGAUUUGGCCAAGGCAAUUAGGGACAUUGCGCCGCAAGGCACGAAUGCGAGCUUCGACAUGACAGGUGUGAUCCCGAUUAUUGAUGCUGGCCUACAGUCGCUGCGCCCGAAAGGCGAGAUGGUACUCAUUGGUAUCGUUGAUGGUAAGAUGAGUGUGGACAUGGGUGCGAUGCUUGCGUCCGAUGAUUUUGAGAAGGCGUUGAGCGACAUGCACAGCGGUGCUACUGUCAAACCGAUCUUGCUGUGGUAA